GCCGCAUUGUUGCCAUGAAAAUGUUCCAAGUCAUUUUAUUGUCUUAUGUAGUUUUAAUAGCUUUUGUGUUGAUCGGUUCCGGUGGUGCAAACAGUGAAAGAAGUCAGAGAGUGAAGAGAUAUCUAAGUUUUGAGAAUGUUUCUCACUUCUUCUAUCGACUAAACUUCAAAGCCAACAUGGUUCCCUGGAACCAAAUAUACGCGUUAGCGUUAGGGUUCCGCAUGAACUGGGACGAACCCCCCGACUCUUUCCACCCCUACCACCACCUGCAUCGGAGAUCAGUGUACGACAACCUGGAGACACUGCUGGACAGGAACGGUCUCAACGGCUACCACUGCAUCCGACGAGCGAUCUGCGAGACGCAAACGCUGCUGAGACCUACGGGGGUGUACUUCAACAUACUGAAAAUGGUGUUCCGGAAACAGUCGUCAGCAACCGAAAAAUGGCACAGCAACGUGACGGAAGAGAGUUGUCAGCAAUCAAUCUCCAACUGCCCAUUUUCUUUGCUCGAAGUUUCAACAUACACUGACUUAUGAUCUAAAAUCCGGCACGCGUGGAGUGCAAUCCGACUGCAAUUUAUAAUAAUACGUCGGCUUACAGCUUAAGUUCCUAAAGAUAUAGUAUGUUAGUGUUGCAGUCGUGUUAGUGUCGUUUUAAUCUUUGAAGUAACUUAUAACGGAAAAGGAUU